AUGAACUAUGUGCUCCUGUUCGUAAUGUGGGCCCUAGUGGCCGCAAUCCCCUGCCAAUACCGCGGGCUCCAGGCCCACUUUUAUUAUGUUGGGACGAGGCAUCUGAGCUCUCACGGCGGUCUCGCUCGUCGUCACCGGUCUUGCCGAAAUUUCUUGCGGUCUUGCCCUAGAACCAUGUCGGGAUUGGGUCAGCCUCCUCGUCCAGAUAUUGCGGAUUGCAUGGAAGACUUGCAGCUUGGUCCAUCUGGUUUAUUUGAGGUAGAACAAACUAUGUCACAAGCAGUGCAAGUUGAAUCAGAAAAUUUCAUAGAAGUCGACUACUGGAAGCCACAUAGAAUAUUAAACGUUUGGUCGGCGAACAUAUUUCCACCCAAUUAUAGUUUUCGUAAGGUGUGUUCCUGCGAUGAAUGUAGCACCAUGAUUGACGAGCUCAACGACUUCGCUGAGCGCACAAGAUCCUUAUUUGAGAGUGUAAUGGACAUUACAUCAUUUCUCAAACAUACAGUUGAUCACUGCUUCUAUCUCUCUUUAGCGUGUGACUGGUCAGCACGCACACUCCACAGGUUCCGGAUUUUGCUCAAAGGAGAGAACGAGAAGCUAGGACUUCAAGAAGAAAAUAAGUUACGCCGCACGCAAAUUGAAAUCCAAGAAGUGAUAGCUGCGAGUGGUAUCGUCUCUGAUUUUGAGAUCGAUAGAGCUGAGGAUGAGAUUGAUCCAUCAUGUGUAGCGGAGUGCAUACGUUUUGACAUCGACAGCCGUGGGAAGUUCUAUUAUAAGCCUUCUAGAGUUCGGGAUGUGGCACAUGCACUACUGGAUCAAAUUUUAAAAAUUGAAGAUGAGUAUGAAGCACUGAAGGCAGAGAAAGGUAUAGAGGUGGAUCCUUCAGGCUAUUUAGAGCGACAAAUUAAGUGUCUAGAGCAGCUGCCUGUUGAGCAACUAUUUUCAGAAGUUGUAGAUACCAUACGCACAGUUCGUGCUAUCAUCCCUUUUAUGAAAGAGUUGCCAUUAAUCAGGAUGUUCGUCACAGGAGUUUGUGAUGAAAUGGUAUCUAUAAGGAGAUCGUUUUGGCGGGAAUACAAAGGCGUGUAUGCACAUCUUCCAAUCCCUGAACGGCAUUCUAUAUUGACGAAAACCAUUGGAGACUUGCAGCAUUGGGUUAUGUAUUUUCGACGUAGAAUGGGGGCUGAUAGUACCAUCUCUAUUUAUAAAUCCUUUGCUCGGAAGCUAAGGCAUCCGAAGAAGAAUCCAAGGGAAGCUGGGAAGAAAAUGCAAGAAAAUGCAAGAGAAAUGCAAGAAAAUUGCAAUUUUGGGCUUGGUUCUUGAAAAUAACAGUUCCAAUCUGUGUUCAUUUAAUCUAAUUUCAUGUGCUUGUACUUGACAAUUUAUUUGUCCUUUGGUUCUAGGAAGUAGAGGCAUAUGAAAACUGAAAAGUAAGUUUAAAC